AUGCCGCAGGAACAGCAGGUUCUUAACUUGUACGAUGUCUGGCAUACUUGCAAUAAGAUACGAGCCGCCGUAUUUCGCGUUGGACUCGAUCUUUGGGAGUAUUACAAGCCUCUGGAUCCCGAUAGACGUUUUUUAAUAUCAGAGUCCAAAUUUCUCUCCGUUUUGGCUGGACCACUAAAAGGCGUGAUUGGCUUAUCGGAUAAAGAAAUUUGCGAUCUGACGGAUUAUUUUCGAAUUCAGGACGGUCGGAUUCUUUAUUCGCAAUUUUGUGAAAUUAUUCACGACAGUGUUCCUAAUUUUGGAAAAAACAAGACUCUUAUGACCGGUUUAGAAUGGCAGAAUCCGCUGCAUGUAAAUACUUUGAGUGGCAUGGAAACACGAAAAUUGAAUUUGAUUAUCACUCAGAUCGCCGUGUUGGUGAGCAAAAAAAAAAUUGCUCUUCGGCCAUAUUUUCAAGAUUACGAGAAGAUCGCGAAGAAUGUUGACACAGUUAGUCUCGUCCAUUUUGGUCGAAUUUUAAAAUUUCUGGGCAUCGUCCUUGGCGCUGAGGAAUUUCGCCUGCUCGUAAAGAGAUUUUCCAAAGAUGAGUAUUUCGUAAAUUAUGUAGCGUUUGUAAAAGCUGUAGAUGAAGUUCAACAUUAUUUAGAAGGAUAUGGAUUGGUGAAUCUCAGUAAGGAGUUGCUCGAUCAAUUUCCCGGUCGAAUAAUUACGGCCAAACUGCCGAAACUCCCACGACUGGAAAUUGGUAAGAUUAUACCCAGUCAAGUCUUCGAUAAGCAAAUGGUGUUCCAUCCAGUGAUGGAAGAGGCGAAAGAGAUGCUUCCUACGCUGGAAAUCAUAAAACGCAUCCAGAGGCACAUUCUUGAGUACCGCAUACGCAUCCAUGAAUUUUUCAAGGAUUUCGAAUAUCUGAAUGUUGGUCGAGUGACUAUCCCACACUUUCGAAGAGCGCUGACCUCGCUUCAGAUUUCAUCUUUGGGCAGUCUUUGGCUGACUGAACCUGAAAUCGAUGCCUUAAUCGCUCUCUACAAGGAUCCAGAUGAUUCGGAUCACGUAUGUUGGCGUAUAUUUGAAGAUGAUAUAGAUCAGGUUUUUACCAUAAAAGGACUUGAUAAAUUGCCAAGCCUAAAAGUGGAAUCACCACCUCAAGAUAUAGCUGAAUUACCUCGAAAAGGUGUGCAAAGUUGGCAAUGCCAACCGAAGGAUAUAAGAGAACUUUGUGAAGAUAUCAUGCAGAGAAUAAGACAGCGAGUCGAAGAAAGAAGAAUUCUCUUGAAGCAAUUUUUCAAGGAUUACGACAAACACAAUUGCGGUCAUGUGACGCGAAUGCAAUUCAGACAAGUCCUUAUUAUGGCGACCAUACUCUUGUCUCCAGAAGAAGAGUUUGCUCUGGAAAAAAGAUAUAACGAUGAUAUGGGUUUUAACUACACUCGAUUUUUGCAGGAACUAGAAUUCCAACCGAUCGUGGAACCUUUAUAUUAUCGCAUGUUGGAGGAUAAAAAGAGACUUAACGCUGAAAGGCCACCGUCUGAACCUCACGAGGAUGAGACCAAUAUUGUAUUGAUUUUAGCUAAAAUUAAAGCUAAAGUUGUACGCGAAAGAAUUAAAGUCCUCGAAUUCAUGCGUCAAUUUGAUAGACACAACCAACUUGUCAUUUCGAAGUUUGAUUUUAUUAGAGGUCUAGAUCAGCUUCGUUGCGGUUUAACAACUGCAGAAAUAGAUACGAUUACAGAACUUUUUCAGGCGCCUCUAAAAUCCGAUUUCAUUGAAUACACUAAAUUCGCGACAAUUGUGGAAGAAGCCGUUGCGACUGGGUGUUUGGAAAAAGUUCCUCUUGUGGUUCCCUUGCAACAUGUGCCUUCCGAGGCGAAUAGCAAAACUUUCCUGAAUUUUGACGAACGACAGAAGGUAGCCACCGCGUUGGAUAAACUGUGUCAAGUGCGGAGUCCGAACCUGGAGGAAGUCUUUAAAGAUUACGAUAAAGAGAAUACCGGCACGGUUUCUAAAGGACAAUUGAUCAGAACAUUAUCGGUUAGACGAAUGCUAGAACUCAUCAAUAACAAUGAGUUGGAUGCUAUAUACAAGUGCUUCUCCAUUGAGAGAAAUAACCGCUUGGAGUUCAAUUAUCGAACCUUCCUGUGCACUUUGUAUCUGUCACAAGAGAAUAAAAAAAAGACCUUAUAGAAGGCGUAGAUGGCCUAUAGAUGCAAAUUCGGACAUUGAGAAUAUAUCUUUGCUGUUAUCUAUUAUACCAUAAUGUUGUAUAUUAUGUUAAACAGUUUAAGAAAGUGAAAUUACAAUGCCUUAGUUGUAAUAAGGAACAUUAUAAGUCUCACACUCCUUUGAGUAUUGAUAU